GCCACCCAAAAUCAAAAACAAAAAAACAAAGCUUUCAGCUUCACCUAUAAAUAGAGUCAGCCACCUCACACAAUCAUCGUUCGUUCAUCUGUUCGUUAGAUCCAACUACACCCCCCAUCUACCCCUCACCUCACCCUCCAUCAUCUUUUCCAUAUCUUAAGAUUAAGAAGAAAUGGCGCGCAAGAAGAUCAGAGAGUAUGACUCCAAGAGGUUGGUGAAGGAGCACUUUAAGAGACUCUCUGGCAAGGAGUUGCCAAUCAAGUCUGCACAAGUUACAGGGUCCACUGAUUUCAGUGAGCUGCAAGACAAGGAACCGUGGCUUUCAUCUUCUAAAUUGGUUGUGAAACCUGACAUGUUGUUUGGGAAGCGUGGCAAGAGCGGUUUGGUUGCAUUAAAUUUGGAUUUUGCACAGGUUGCUUCAUUUGUGAAAGAGCGUCUUGGAAAGGAGGUUGAGAUGGGUGGAUGCAAAGGACCCAUAACAACUUUCAUUGUUGAACCAUUCAUCCCCCACAAUGAAGAGUUUUACCUUAACAUUGUCUCUGAGAGACUCGGGAACAGCAUAAGCUUUUCAGAAUGUGGAGGAAUUGAUAUUGAAGAAAAUUGGGAUAAGGUUAAGACUGUAUUUAUUCCAACGGGAGUGUCUCUUACAUCAGAAAUUGUUGCUCCACUUGUUGCAACCCUUCCCUUGGAGAUCAAGGGAGAAAUUGAGGAAUUUCUUAAGGUGAUUUUCACUCUGUUUCAAGACCUGGAUUUCACUUUCUUAGAGAUGAACCCUUUCACAUUGGUUGAUGGAAAGCCUUGUCCUUUGGAUAUGAGAGGCGAGCUUGAUGACACUGCUGCUUUCAAGAACUUCAAGAAAUGGGGAAACAUUGAAUUUCCAUUGCCAUUUGGAAGGGUUAUGAGUGCGACUGAGUCUUUCGUUCAUGAAUUAGAUGAAAAGACAAGUGCAUCUUUAAAAUUCACAGUGUUGAACCCAAAGGGCCGAAUUUGGACAAUGGUUGCCGGGGGAGGUGCUAGUGUCAUCUACGCUGAUACAGUAGGAGAUCUUGGCUUUGCAUCUGAACUUGGAAAUUAUGCCGAGUAUAGUGGUGCACCCAAGGAAGAUGAGGUCUUGCAGUAUGCCAGAGUUGUGAUUGAUUGUGCAACUGCAAACCCUGAUGGCCAAAAGAGAGCUCUUGUGAUAGGAGGAGGCAUAGCUAACUUUACUGAUGUUGCUGCUACAUUUAGCGGCAUAAUUCGGGCACUAAAGGAGAAGGAAUCAAAGUUAAAAGCGGCAAGGAUGCACAUUUACGUGAGGAGAGGGGGUCCGAACUACCAGAAGGGUCUAGCUUUAAUGCGAGCACUUGGAGAGGAAAUUGGCAUCCCCAUUGAGGUUUAUGGACCUGAAGCAACAAUGACUGGUAUAUGCAAAGAGGCAAUACAGUGCAUUACUGCUGCCGCUUAGCUUUCCAUUAUAAGACAAUGCCUUGUUUUAUGGUAUUUUCAUGGCAAGUCAUAUUUCCCUUCCCAUCCCAGAAAUUUGGAAAUUUAGAGCGUAUGUUUGUAAAAUCAAGCCAUCCAAAAAAGAGUGGCUGAGAAUGUUGUUCAUUUUUUGUACAAUUCUGAUGGCACUGUCUUGACACAAUAAAGAGUGUGUUUUUCA